CGCUUUUAGGAGUUACACACGCAGAAGAUGGCGGCGCCCACGAAAACGAGCUUUUUAUUAAACAAGUUCAAAAACACGUUUUAUUUUAUUCAGCGACGGAAUCGCGUUAAAACUAAAUGGGCCAGCACCAGAGCCAAAUUCCCAGCGACGGCCCUGGCCCUGCAGCAUUUCGACGCCACGUAUCAGAACUAUUUCGGUGAUCUGUGGCCGUCUGUCCGUGUCGCCAUGCUCUCUGAGCAGAAGUAUGGAGCCUUGAUGAACAAUUUCUCCUCUAACGCGGACGUGAUCUCGGCUUUACGGUCUCAAGGCUGCAGAGACUUCGUCGGAGACGGAGAGGGAGACACACACGAGAUUUCAGACGGUCAUCCUUCUCCAGAAGUGGCUCGUAUCGACCCAAAUAUCCAGUGUUUUGUCUUUCCGAGAGGAGACAUAUCUCGAUUCAAACCUGCCAGACCAGACAGCGCAGGAUUACUGAGUUAUUAUCUCCUGGAUGCGGCUUCCGUCCUGCCCGUGUUGGCGCUGGAUGUCCGGCCGGAUCAGGCUGUUCUGGACCUCUGUGCCGGUCCAGGAGGGAAGACACUGGCUCUUCUGCAGACACAAGCAGUCCGGUUCCUGUGGGCCAACGACUUGUCUGGGUCUCGCACGGCUCGGCUGCAGAGGACGCUCCAGAGCUACGUGCCCAAAGAGCUGAGAGGCGAGGACAAGAUCCGCGUCACAUCUCUUGACGGUCGCAAAUGGAGGAAUAUGGAAGACCUGGAGUUUGACAGAGUGUUAGUGGACGUCCCCUGUACCACAGACAGACAUUCCCUAAUGGAGGAUGAGAAUAAUAUCUUUAAAAGGUCCAGGACUAAAGAGAGACAGAUGCUUCCUCUGCUGCAGAUGGAGCUCCUGCUGGCGGGGCUCCGGGCGACUCGGCGUGGCGGUGAGCUCGUCUACUCCACCUGCUCUCUGUCUCAGCUGCAGAACGAGUGUGUGGUGCAGCAGGCACUCAGUGUCGCUCAGCAGGAGAUGGACAUCACAGUGCAGGUGCAGGACCUCAGCAGCUUCACUCGCCUCUUCUCAAACACUUUCCCCUUCGCCCCUCAGCCGGCGCUUGGCCAACUCGUCCUCCCGAACUUGUGCGCAAACUUCGGCCCGAUUUAUUUGUGCAAACUGCUGCGUGUCAGCUGAAGAGGCCUGGAGUCUGGUUCAUACGACUUCAUGUGUGUGUGAAUGCCUCGCUGCAACACCGCCCUCUGGUGGGGAUAAUAAACAUUACGUGUUAAUAAAAAACGUUUUCUAGUAACUAAAGACUGCUCAUUACUAAAGGAGAAAAUCUCGCUCUACAUAUUUAAUUAUAUUAUUUAUAUUAAAUAUCAUUUUAUUUAAUCACUUUGGACUUUUGAUAUUUUAUUGACCAGCCUUCAACUUUCACACAUCUUUGUCACAAUUUAUUCCUUUCAUAAAGCCAUACAAAAUAGACCAAAAGCCAAAAUUAUCAUUUUGCUUUAAAGAUUAUUAAAAUAAUGGAUUUAAUGUUGCUCUAAGUGAUGUUCAAGAUUUAAAAUAUUUCUUGUUAUAAUCAAAUUCUGACUCCAGCUUUUUCAGACACUGGUUCUGGACUUCUUUUGAUCGCUUCUUGAGUUGUU